AUGAAGUCUGUUAUUGUUCCGCUUGUUGAGCAAGAUGUUUCUGGUUGCGACUGUUGCGAACCUGCCCAUACGUUCGAGGCAGAAUGGUGCCUUGACUUGUAUGGAUAUCUUAAUCGCAAGGAAUAUGCUGCUCGGUUAAGGGAAAUUAAUAACUAUAUUAGAAAUUAUCCGUUAUUAAGCACAAAGUCGAAGAAAUAUCUCACGUACGCUAUCGCAGGAAUAUGCGCGCUCAUAAUUUUUGUCGUUCUCAUAAUUAUAUUUACCGCAGCGUCGUAUGAUAACCUGGCCAAUACUGGUAUUGUCACCGUCGUACUCGAAACCUUACUUGGGCUCGCAAUUCCGAUAGGGCGAAAAAUAGUCGAUGGCAUGGCAAAGCGUCGCGCAGAAAUAUUUACCCAGGCCUUGCAACCUCUGCUCGAUCAAUACAAUCAACAGGAAAAUCCAACUGCAAAUUGGAAGCUUGUAUGGCGUGCUGUCCUCACUCAUUUUAGCAUAACUAUGAACGAUGACGGUAAAGGAAAAUCCGUACCAAAAUACGCCGAGCAUGCAGAGUUAGUAAUUGAAAUCAAUGACGCUCUCUCCGAUCUUACCGCUCAAACCGUUCGUAUAAAUCUUACACCCACUACGGUUCCUACGGUGUCCACUGCAGUUCCUAGGAUGUCCACCGCCGUUCCUAGGGUGUCUACUAUCAAUACUACCUAUCCUUCUCAAAUGGCUGGUGUGCCAUGA